AUGGCCACGCCCGCCCUACCAAACCCUAGCCCGCCCCUCGACGACCCGCCGCCGCCCGAGCCCAAACCCCGGCGGGAGACCAAGGUGUGGAAGCCCAAGGUCCGGGACCCGGACGCGCGGGAGCCGCCGGCGGCCGCGCAGGAUCCGGAGGAAGACGCGCCCGAGGAGCCCGAGCCGGACCAGGACGAGGGCCCGGAGCCGCCGCCGCUCCCCACCGACGCGAUCGAGCCCACCCCGUCCGGCGCAGAGGAGGAGGACGCCGACGACAGCUCCUCGGUCUCCUCCGUCUCCUCCGCCGCCGCUGCCACCGAUGCCGCCACCGCAACGGGGGGCAAGACCGAGCGGCCGUUCCCGGCGGCCACGGACCUGCUCCACAUCUCCUACAACCAGGACUACGGCUGCUUCGCGGCGGGGACCAAGACGGGCUUCCGCAUCUACAACUGCGACCCCUUCCGCGAGAUCUUCCGCCGCGACCUCGGCCCCUCCCCUCCCGCCGCGCCCGGGGAAGAGGCCGCCCAGGCCAUCCACCAGCCCCCCGCCGCCGCGAGUGGUGGCGGGGGCGGCAUCGGCGUCGUCGAGAUGCUCUUCCGCUGCAACAUACUGGCGCUCGUCGGGGGCGGGGACGCGCCGCACUACCCGCCCAACAAGGUCAUGAUCUGGGACGACCACCAGAGCCGCUGCAUCGGGGAGCUCUCCUUCAAGUCCCCCGUGCGCGGCGUCCGCCUCCGCCGCGACCGCAUCGUCGUCGUCCUCGAGAACAAGAUCUUCGUCUACAACUUCGCCGACCUCAAGCUGGUACAACAGAUUGAGACCGCGCCCAACCCCAAGGGCCUGUGCUCUGUGUCGCAGCAGCCCGGGUCCAUUGUGCUGGUCUGCCCCGGUGCGCAGAAGGGGCAGAUCAGGGUCGAGCACUAUGGUGCCAGGAAGACUAAGUUUAUCAAUGCGCACGCCUCCCGUGUUGCGUGCUUCGCGUUGUCACAGGAUGGGAGGCUCAUUGCCACCGCAAGCACCAAGGGGACGCUUGUCAGGAUCUUUAAUGCUGCAGAGGGCAACCUUCUCCAGGAAGUAAGGAGAGGUGCUGACAGAGCAGAGAUAUAUAGCUUGGCUUUCUCAAAUAAUUUACAGUAUUUGGCUGUAUCUAGUGAUAAAGGAACAAUUCAUGUGUUCAAUUUAAAGAUAAAUGUUGGUUUGACCACAAAUGAUAAGCCUCUGCCAGCUCCAGACGCUGAUGUUCCCCAUAUGAGUCCAUCAUUUUCUUUUAUUAAAGGUGUGCUACCUAAAUAUUUCCACUCGGAGUGGUCUGUUGCUCAAUUCAGGCUCCACGAGGGUGAGCAAUACAUUGUCGCAUUUGGCCAUGAGAAGAAUACUGUGGCAGUUGUUGGCAUGGACGGAAGUUUCUACCGGUGCCAGUUCGACCCGGUCAAUGGAGGAGAAAUGCAGCAGCUGGAGUGCCACAAUUUCCUAAAACCAUCAGAUCAACCGUAA